CUCUAACAAAGUUUGCCAGUCUUCCUCAGCAUUGUCUCUAUUUUGCCCGUCUGACAUAGAAUAUUUUAAUCCUGGAGAUGAUGCUGUUUUAUUGUGUCAUCUUGAGCCAGCUAUCAGUGCUGCUUCAUUGGAGAUCAAGUGGUGGAAAAAGGCUGAUCUGGUCUUCCAUUAUAAGGAUGGAUUGAUAAUGGAAAGCUAUGAGGGUCGAGUGAAUUUCUCAGUGGAUGAUCUACACAAUGGAAAUGUGUCUUUGACUCUCAGAGACGUCAGAUCAUCACAGAUGGGCAUCUAUAUUUGUGAAGUCUCUGAUGAAUAUCGGACAGUGAAGGAAUAUAUUUUUCUACACAUCAGCUCUGUAAACUUUAGUCUUGUGGCUCCUACUGACCCUGUGUAUGCUGAUCCUGGAGCAGAUGUCGUUUUACCUGUUCAUCUCUCACCUGAAACCAGUGCUGCAUCUAUGGAAAUCAGAUGGCUUAAAGGGACAGAGUUUAUUUAUUACUAUAAGAAAGGGGGGUACAGAGCAAAUGAUGACUAUGAGAACCGAGUGAGUCUGUUCUUCCAGGAGCUGGACAGAGGAAAUCUUUCACUGAUUUGGAGAAAUGUUCAGUCAUCAGAUUCAGGAGAAUAUACAUGCACAGUAAUUCAGAAUGGAUGUCAGAAGAUAGGAACAAUUCACCUACAUGUAAAAGGUACAAGUACAAGUAGUAUGGAAGGAAUUCCCCCACUCAUGGAAAGAGAGCGUGGCGGUGCCAUGGGGCAAGAGUUAUCAUCCCCAAAUGCAUCAUCAGAGGUUCUGCAAACUGUAAGAACAUCAGAAUCCUUCAUUUCAAUAGAAGAAACUACACAAACCCAAGACAACCCUGGAGGAACAAUGCCAAACACUCAGGAAAGGCAAGGGAGAUCCUCAUUAACUGUACAACUACAGGAACAAAAAGAGAAAGAACAUCACGAUCAGUCAGAGCAACAAACGGAAAUACAGCACAAACACCAGAAAGGCCACAAAACACAGCACCAGGGAAUCCAAGGAGAUGGCCAUUGACAAUAAGAUGCAACAUAAUAUAAUUAAACAUACAGUUGUUAACAUUAGUUAACUGAACAUGUUUAAUCAAGUUUUUUAUAGUGGGUGUUAGGGACAUUUGAUGUGUAAAAUUCCCAAAACUUUGUUUAGAGCAACUUCACAUGUAUGUUACCAUUGACUGCAAAAAACUUGUAUUAAAAUAUGUAGAUAUCUUGUACUAAUUUGUUAAUACUUUGUUAAUUGAGUGCAUGAGGUGGCCAAUAUUUCACACUUCAUUUUUUCAGUUAAUUAAGUGUAUCAUCUGGGUGUUUAAAGUGCAUUUUUUUCCUUUUUGGAAUUGUAAAUAACACUGGGUCUAUUAAUUCACCUUCAAUGCAGAAGUAAGCUUAUGGGUGAUGACUUCGGGUUCAAUAGCCACUAUAGGGAAAUAACGAGAAAUAACAUGCAGUAAACUGUAAAACUGUUUGCACUACAAACCAGUGUGUUAAUUAUGAAGUUAUUACAUUAAAAUAAUAGAUAAGACACAACAAUUUGCAAU